GAUGGUUCCCAGCCCCCCGGGGCGGGGGGUGUGGUGGUGACCAGGAACAGGGCCUAAUGUUUUUCUUCUCUCUCCCCAUUUUAGCAAACAUGUCCUGACCGAAGACAUUGUGCACCGGGAGGUGACGGCGGACCACAAGCUGCUCUCCCGGCGGCUUCUGACCAAGACCAACCGGAUGCCGCGCUGGGCAGAGCGCUUCUUCCCAGCCAAUGUCGCCCACUCCGUCUACAUCCUGGAGGACUCUAUUGUGGACCCCAAGAACCGAACCAUGACCACGUUCACCUGGAACAUCAACCAUGCGCGUCUCAUGGUGGUGGAGGAGCGCUGCGUGUACCGGGUGAACCCAGAGAACAGCAACUGGACUGAAGUCAAGCGGGAAGCCUGGGUCUCUUCGAGCCUGUUUGGCGUCUCGCGGGCUGUCCAGGAGUUUGGUCUGGCCAGGUUCAAAAGCAAUGUGACCAAGAGCACCAAGGGAUUUGAAUACGUGCUAGCAAGAAUGCAAGGAGAAGCUCCGUCCAAAACACUGGUGGAGACAGCCAAGGAAGCAACUGAGAAAGCCAAGGAGACAGCUCUGGCAGCUACAGAGAAAGCCAAGGACUUGGCGAGCAAGGCAGCCACCAAGAAGAAGCAGUACGUGUGAGGGGCCGGGCACAGGCUGCACCAGAACAGAUAGGAGCCUCCUUAGAUUUUAUAUUUUUAAACAAACUGUACAAGUCUGACAAUCAGCUGCUGUUAGACCCUUUCUGAGAUGUAAUUAUCAUUAAAAAAAAUUUACUCCCACCUUUGA